UUAUAAGUCUUGCCGUCUGCUGCACUGCUGAUUGCACUUCACAGGCAGGUUCCUCCACGCUGACUUAGAUGGGUUGUAUAUUGACCCAUGAAAGCUCACAUUUUGUAUGUUUUCUGGUGUGGGAAGGAGCCCGGAUGGUGCUGAUGAGAAGGAAAUUUAGGGCAUAGUCAUUUUGACUAUGACUUCUAAUUACAAUUUGGAUCAUAAUUCAAUACUCGAGUUCAUAAUUCAAUGCUCAAAUUUAUGAAUUACCUACUUCUAGACAUUUUGGAGAGCCUGUUCCAAGUUUGAGGAUAGGGGAAUGGUGGCAUUUUAAUAUACAGCUGUACUUUUGAAAGGGCAGGGCCUUAAUGUUCAUGAGCUUGAAAGAUUGACUUUUGAUGAACAAGAUGAGAGGAGGAGAAAUAGUGCAUUGAGUUGAAAAUUCUUCUGAUUUUGGUCAGCGUGAUUUGGAAGUUCGGAGCUAUUGCAGCUUGCUGUAAAGAAAGGGGUCGGAAAAUGUGUGAUGGGUAUCAGACUGGAUCUAUUAUAAAUCAGAGGCAGAAUUGGGUUUUGAGUAUUGUGCAAGACUUCUUGUCUUUAUGGGGUUUCUUGGGAUGAAGGGAUUUAGUAUGUAGUUUGUUUAAUGGUUUUAAAGGGGGUGUGAGAGGCAGAGGAGACUGAUAUACUGAGGGAGUUUUCAUUAGGCUGCAAGAGAAUGCUCUGCUGGUUGUUGGUAUGCCAUUCAUAUCUCUAGUUGCAACGCAAAUUGUCUAUGAAAAUUUGAGGGGAAAUCUUGAUUGGUAAGGAGGAGGAUUCUAUUGAGGUGAGUAGACUGUAACUCUAUAACUGUGACUUGUUUGAAUUGAAGUAGGCAAAGAGGAAUGGCCUUGAAGUGCAGUUUGCUUCCACUUUCUGUAAUUUUCUUCCAUGUUUUUCUAGUGAGUUCUCUUCAUGCUUUUAAGAUUGUGCAUGAAGAUGGGUCUUUUAGAGGCCUUGAUCAUGAUGUUCAAGUUCUUCUUGAAUUGAAGAGAACACUGGCUGUGGACUCGUCACUCUGGGACACAUCAGAGUCUCCAUGUGAAUGGUUUGGUGUGGACUGUGAUGAGAUCAUUACAAAUGAUGGUGUGGGGAUGGAGACAAGGGUGGUGGGUCUGGAAUUGGAUUCGAGACAGUUGAAAGGAAGCUUAUCUCCUGCAAUUGGAAGCCUGUCUGAGCUGAAAAAGCUUUCUUUUGCUAACAAUUUGCUGGUUGGAAAGAUCCCAAAAGAGAUUGCUUCUUGUCUGAAGUUGGAAGUUGUGGACCUGAGUGGAAACAAGCUUUCUGGACCAAUUUCUUCUGAAUUCUGCAAUCUCAGGAGCCUCAAGGUAUUGCGUCUAUCUGAAAACACUCUCUCUGGCGAGAUUUCAUUCCUUAGUUUGAGAACUAGAAAUAGUCCUAAUGGCUUAUCAGAAGGCCCUUUUCCAUUUCUUGAGUAUCUCAAUUUGGCCAACAAUCAUCUCACAGGUAUGAUUCCUUAUGAUAUAGCCAGGAUUUCGACCUUAGAAUCUAUUUUUCUCAGUGGUAACAUGCUUGUAGGACCCAUUCCUCAUAGUUUGGGUUAUUUACCUUCUUUAGAGGUCCUAGACCUCCACAACAAUUUUCUCCAUGGAAAGAUCCCGAAAACAUUAGCCAACAAUUCCAGCAAAUUGCGUUCUUUAGAUGUAUCAGGAAAUUUCCUAGUGGGGAGAAUUUCUCCCUCCUUUGGAAAGCUAGGAACUCUGAGGUAUCUAAAUGUUUCCAACAACAAUUUGGAAGGUCCCAUUCCAUGGGGAGCUUGGUUCAAGUAUGGAGCUGAUCCAAGUGCUUUCUCUGGUAAUAUCAGGCUCUGUGGCCGGCCACUGAAAGCUUGCCCAAAAACAGCAGCCUCUGAUUUGUCUUCUUCAACAUCAUCAUCAUCAUCUUCUUCACAGCUCUCGGAACAGGAUCAACGAGAAAAACAGCAAUCAGAAAGCAUUCUUUCAAGUCUUUUAAAGAGGUUGUUGCCUGAAACUUCACUCUCUCCAAAAACUAGGUUUGUGUUAGAAAAUCCGACGGCCUUAGCUUCAGCUUCAUCUGCACCUGCACCUGCACCUGCAAGGCAUAACAACCCAGGUAAUCGUACAAUGGCCCCGACACCAACAGUAGUAAAGCCUAAGAAGAAGAAGAAGCAGUCAGCUAAAAAGUGGGCUUUGGGUAUGGCCUUAGGCCUAGUAACAGGAGCGAUCUCUGCAAUCAUGUGUUCAUUUCUGUAUAGAAUGCUCUUGUACUAUAUCCGUGGAAGACCCAAGCAUCAGGGUGCUACGAUUUACAGUUCUCUUAUUAAAAAAGCUGAGGAUUUAGCCUUCUUGGAGACAGAAGAAGGUCUCAGAUCAGCAGAGCUCAUAGGAAAAGGGGGUUCAGGUGAAGUUUACAGGACGCACCUUCAAGAUGGCAGGGAAAUUGCCAUCAAGAAAAUUGCUCAACCAUCUCCGAAUCCCACAGACGUAUCAGAUGAAGACACUAAGCUUCUGGACAGAAGAAGACGGCAAAUUCGUGCAGAAUUGGAGACUUUAGGUCAUAUCAGGCACAGAAACCUCGUUACUCUUCUAGCCUAUAUUGCAAGGCCCGAUUGCCAUCUAUUGAUCUAUGAGUAUAUGAAAAAUGGUAGUCUCCAUCAAGCCUUAUCAAAGGUUGCAGAAGGCACACUAGAGUUAACAUGGCCUGUUCGUCACAAGAUUGCGAUGGGAAUUGCUGCAGGUCUCCAGUACUUGCACUUCCACAGCACACCGAAGAUCAUUCACCGUGAUCUAAAGCCUGGAAACAUCCUCCUCGACGAGGACUUUGAGGCUCAUGUUGCAGAUUUUGGCCUUGCCAAGGCACUCCCUGAAGCAGCCACACAUGCCACUAGCUCAAAUGUAGCAGGAACAGUUGGAUACAUUGCUCCUGAAUAUCAUCAGACCUUAAAGUUCACAGACAAAUGUGAUGUAUAUAGUUUUGGGGUUGUCCUUGCUGUUUUGGUUACAGGCAAAAAUCCCUAUGAUGAUUUCUUCCAAACAAUCCCACAGGCGAGUAUUCCAAAGUGGUUAAGGAAUGUGGUGGCAUCGGAAUCAGCAUCUGGUGCCAUAGAUCCACAGAUCAGAGGCCAGGGGUACGAUGAUGAGAUCUUCCUUGUCAUGAAGGUUGCUUGCUUUUGCACUGAUGAUGAUCCCAACAAGCGGCCUAAUAGCAGAGAGGUCCUCACUAUGCUUUCACAGAUCAGUGCAUAAGCAUCUUCAUCACGGUCAAAGACUCUGCUUUGGUCUUUUGGUCAAGGACCUAUACCUACCAGUAUGAAGUUGUGAUUUGCAAUCCAGAUCACCAUAUCAGUAUAAUUGUCAUGAUCACACUCCUGUGACUCAUACGUUUAGCUUAUGUUAUUGUUGUUGAACCCCAAUAUCCUAUGUCUUCUAGCUUUUUAAGUGCCUGCUAUGGCAGGGAUACUCUUGUUUAAUUAUGCAUACCUAUGGAUGCUUUGUCAAGUCCAGUAUCUUUUCUUGUGCUAUAAAGCAAGGCAUGAGUAAGUUUAUUACCACUGCUUUUGUAUUGUCCUUAAAUACACAGGUCUUAUGUAUGCAUCUUUCUCUAAAUAGUAAAAUAUACAGCUCUCAUAUA